CACUGUACAUCAAGUGUGACGCCCGUAUUAAAAGCAGAAUACAGACAAAUUUCUUAGCUCUCAUGUUUUGUGAAAAUUUACCCAUAAAAACGUUAAAUUUAUAACGUAAAUUGUGUUAAACCUAAAGCUUAUGUGUUAUUUAUUAAAAUAAGCAUAAAUUGUUAAUAAUUUUUUAUACAACAAAGCACAAAAACUCGUAACAAAAACCCCAAAAGGUGAAAUUUGAUUAUAAUUUUUUGCGGCACUGAUCGGAAAGAAACCAACAGUUUUUUGUUAUUUUUUUUUUUGCUAAAAAGUAUAAAGUGCCAAAAGUACACAAUUAAAAAAGAAUUUCAAAUAAAGAAGCAGAAAACUACAUAAAGAAGAUAAAAAGGAAUAAGCAAAUACGAAAAUAAGAACCAACAACUACAAUAACUGAAAUAAAAAGACAAGGCCCUGUUUAGAGCAUUUAAUUUAUUACGACAGUGGGUACAAUUCCUUUGUUAAAUAAGAGACAAAAUUUGAAAAUUACCAAAAAAAAAAACGAAACGUCAAAAAGAACAAAAAACAAUAGUGCAAAAAAGCAUUGAAACAAAAAAAGAUUUUAUUAAGUAAAUUAAAAAAAAAACGUUGAAUUAUACACUAUUUAAAAGGCUGAAAAAAGGAAAAAAUAAGCAACAAUAAAACAAAUAAAUAAUAAUAAAUAAAAUUAAAAUUACAACAACCGAAAGCAAUCUUUGUGUUAAUACAACGCCUAACAUCUUCCAGUAGAACAUUAAGGAAUAUCACUACUACCCCAGCACCAACAAACAGCAGCAGUAGCACCAAAAGCCAUCAAUAAACACAACGCCAUUGCCACACAUCAUUAGCAGCAACAGCAGCACCCACAACAACAACAACAGUAACACAGUUGUUAACCUUUAAACUUAUUGCCACUUGGAAGAACAAACACUACUACGACGAGUUGCGAAUACGAUUAGCGACAAAGUGAUAAGAUAACCAAACAAAAAACCAACCAACCAACUACAACAAAACAUCGCCUUAUUUACAACAACAUCAAGAACAGCAAACAUAAAAUCCACUUUUAUCCGGAAUUUUGAUCUUCAUCCGCAAAACAGAACAAAAAUACCCCCAACUAAAAGAAUUUAAUCAAAAUGCGUGAAUACAAAAUUGUUGUUUUGGGCAGUGGUGGUGUUGGCAAAUCUGCUCUGACAGUGCAAUUUGUCCAGGGCAUCUUCGUGGAGAAAUACGAUCCCACCAUCGAGGACAGUUAUCGCAAACAGGUCGAGGUCGACGGUCAACAAUGCAUGUUGGAGAUUUUAGAUACUGCCGGCACAGAACAAUUCACCGCCAUGCGUGAUCUCUAUAUGAAAAAUGGCCAGGGCUUUGUUUUAGUCUAUUCGAUUACCGCACAAUCCACCUUCAAUGAUUUACAAGAUUUGCGAGAGCAAAUUCUACGUGUCAAGGAUACAGAUGAUGUACCCAUGGUGUUGGUAGGCAACAAAUGCGAUCUCGAAGAUGAGCGUGUUGUGGGCAAAGAGUUGGGCAAGAGUUUGGCAAAUCAAUUCAACUGCGCCUUUAUGGAAACCUCUGCCAAAGCUAAAGUGAAUGUUGUUGAUAUCUUUUACGAUCUGGUUAGACAAAUUAACAAAAAAUCACCCGAAAAGAAACAGAAAAAACCCAAGAAAAAUCUAUGUGUUCUGCUCUAAGACUCCAUACAAAAACAAUAAACACAUACAUACAAUUAAAAAAACACACACACAUAAACACACACAUUUAAACAAACAAAAAAACAUAUUUAAAAUAUUGUCAAAAAAACAUAAAAAACUAAAUUUAAAAAAUCCACUAUUGUCGCCUUUUUUUGCUACUUUUUUCUCUAUAUAUAUUUUUUUCAUUAAAUGGGUAAAAAAAAAAUUAUUUUAAAUAAAAAUUAAAAAAAAUAGAAUUUAUAUUUAAACAAACAAAAAAAAAUCAUAAAAGAUUUAGUUCUAAAAACUUAAAAAAAAACAAAAAAACUUCCAUAAGAAACCGUAAACAAAAAAGUAAAACAAAGCACAGAAAAUAAAAUUUAUACAUAAAAACCUAUAAUAAAUUAAUAAAAUUACAUUUUAAUCCUUAAGCCUUUUUUAGGUUCUGUAAAGAAAUCUAAAUAAAAUUUAAAUUUACAAAAAAAAACAA